AUGCAUCACACCGCCGACAUCCCCGCUGUCCACGCCGCAAGCUCCGCCACCAGCUCCCCCAGAAGCAUCAUCGACCGCGAGCGUGAGCACAAGGCCAUUCCCGGAAGUUUCUCCUACAACCUCGGACGUCGCCGCGGACCGCCGCCGCCGCUCCUGGACCAGUCUGCCGUCCUGAGCCCGAGCCGUAGCGUCCGGUCCAUUGUCGCUUGGAUUGAGUCCUCCUCCUCCGUCGUCGUUGCUCCAACGCGGCCCGCCGCCAGCGACGAGAGCGGCGCCGCCAUGCGCUUCAAGGCUUUGUCACCUUGCCAGCGCCGCGGGGGCAGCAGCAGCAGCAGCAGCCUUGUGUUGUCGCCGUCGCCGACGUCGGCUUCGUUGCGGCCGCGUUUCCACGCCGACGACGACUGCGCGACGUUUCUCGACUACCAGCAGUAUUUCGCCACCGAGAGCUUGGCGCGCUGUCUCGACGAGCACUCGUCUGUCGAGACGGUCGUGUCUGGUGCAGACACGACCGAGGGGCGCGUGCACAUGAUGCGUGAAGGAGCGGCGCGCGGCGGACUACGACGAGUGGCGGGCAAGGACGAGCGUUUUGCGAGCGACGGUGCCGCGGCUGACAAGAGGUCCCCUGCUGAUGUGGCCGCGCUGUAG